AUGGCUUCUAAAGUCACUUCCUCCAACCAUGCAGGCUUUUCUCCGGCACACUCCUCACCUUCUCUCAGCCACUCCUGCCUCGCUGCCCGACUCGCCGGAUGUGUUCUUGCCCGGCCGGUCGGAGCCGGCUACGGGGAAGAAACGUCGAUCGCGCCGCCGGCGCGCCACCCCACAGCCGGACAUUCGGACUUCUACAUCGCCGGCUGUGCUGACUGGCCACCUUCCAGGCCACUGGCCAGGCGACAUCGCCGUCGUGGGCGGCCCCCGGACCGCCUCCACCUGGGUCACCGCCGCUGCCGCCCUCACGGCCCGACCCCUGAACUGUGCCCACGCCGGGCGCCGCUGCCGUCCUCACGGCCGCCCCUGAACUGUCCGGGCUCCUGGGUUGUCGGCCCCGGGCGGCCCCUGACCUGGGUCCACAUCGCCACCGUGGCCUUCCGCACGUCCUGCUCAUUGUGUCAGAUGUUUAGUUACUCCUCGGCCUCCUUUAGCAGUAAUGAUACCUGUAACAAAUGUAGCAUAUUUGCAGCUCUGGAGGCCAGGAUUACUGAAUUGGAGACUCUGCUUCGCACCCUUCAUUCACCCGUAGCUAGCCAGGCCCCUGUAGCUGGUGCAGCCGAAGAUAGCGUAGGCCCCGCUAGCUGUUCCCCGGCAGACCCCAAGCAGCUGGGGAACGAGGGCGGUUGGGUGACGGUGAGGAGGAAGCAUAGUCUUAAACAGAAGCCCCAGGUACACCACCAACCUGUUCAUGUGUCUAACCGUUUUUCCCCACUCGGCGACACACCCGCCGGGGGUCAAACUCUGGUAAUUGGUGAUUCUGUUCUCAGACAUGUGAAGCUAGAGACACCGGCAACCAUAGUCAAUUGUCUUCCAGGGGCCAGAGCAGGCGACAUUGAAGGAAAUUUAAAACUGCUGGCUAAGGGUAAACGUAAAUACAGUAAGAUCAUAAUUCACGUCGGCAGUAAUGACACCCGGUUACGCCAAUCGGAGGUCACUAAAAUCAAUAUUGAAUCGGUGUGUAACUUUGCCAAAACAAUGUCGGACUCUGUAGUUUUCUCUGGUCCCCUCCCCAAUCAGACCAGGAGUGACAUGUUUAGCCGCAUGUUCUCCUUAAAUUGCUGUCUGUCUGAGUGGUGUCCCAGAAACGAUGUGGGCUUCAUAGAUAAUUGGCAAACCUUCUGGAGGAAACCUGGUCUUGUUAGGAGAGACGGCAUCCAUCCCACUUUGGAUGGAGCAGCUCUCAUUUCUAGAAAUAUGGAUCAAUUU